GUGGCGGGAAGUCUCGGUGUGAGCGGGUGCUGAGGGUGAGCUGCGGGGGGGGGGGGGGGUUCCUGCCGCUGUUAUCGGGUUUCGGUGCCGUUUGCUCCACAGCCCAAACAAAAUGCUCCUCUUUGCCAUUGGCACCAGAGCUGCGGCUGCAGCCGAGCGCUCCUUCAGCGUUUUUUCAUUCAUUCAUGAAGAGUAUUUCCAAGCUAAUGUAGCAGAAGUGCAAACAAGCAGGAUUCCACAGUGAAGGCUUGACUGACCGAGUGCACAGUAAGGAAACUGAUGAGGAACAGGAGGUAAGGUUGACGUCUUACCAAGUAACCAGAAAUGUUGUGCAGGAGGCUGCGGCAUUUCAAGGCUAAGCUGCUUCGAUGGAUACUUACUGGAGUGUUCUGCAUCCUUACAUUUCUAUUUGUUACAAGUCGUCAAAAGGAGCCUGUAAACCAGUGCAAAGAUUUGGAGCUGGUCGAAGAGGAUGCUAGAUAUUAUAUAAACUGCUCUGGUGUCCUUGAUGGAAAUGAAGAUAUACUAAAACUGGCAAAACUUCAGUUAAUCUCCAAUAUAUACCAAAAUCGUCCUGUGCUCAGUGAGACUGAUUAUAUAGGCUUGACCAAACAUUGUCCCAACUUCACCAAGUUUCAAAAAUAUGUCACUUUCCCAAUAAGCAAAGAGGAAGAAGAGUUUCCUAUAGCCUACUCUAUAGUAAUCCAUCACAGAAUUGACAUGUUUGGAAGACUUUUAAGAUCAAUAUAUGCACCUCAGAAUUUUUACUGUGUUCAUGUUGACAAAAAAUCAUCUACAACUUUCUUUGAUGCAGUUAAGGGCAUUGUGUCAUGUUUUGACAACGUCUUUAUCGCCAGCCAACUUGAGAGUGUAACUUAUGCAUCGUUUAGCAGGGUACAGGCUGAUGUAAACUGCAUGAAGGAUCUUCUCCAAAGAAACUCAACAUGGAAAUACUUGAUCAAUCUCUGCGGUUUGGAUUUCCCCUUAAAAACCAAUUUUGAAAUGGUGGAGAACCUCAAGGCCUUGAAGGGUAAGAACAGCCUUGAAACCGAGAAGACAUUACCUCAUAAAGAGAAGAGAUGGAAACAGCAGCAUCAAGUAGUGAAUGGGAGGCUAAAGAAUAUGGGAACGAGCAAACAGCCUCCACCAAUUGCAACACCAAUGUUUUCAGGAAGUGCCUACUUUGUUGUCAGUAGAGAUUUUGUGGAAUACAUAUUGGGAAACACAAAAAUUCAGAACUUUCUUAUGUGGGAGAAAGACACUUUCAGUCCAGAUGAGCACAUGUGGGCAACACUUCAGAGAAUGCCUAACGUUCCUGGAUCGGUUCCUGUUAAUACCAAAUUUGAUGUCUCUGACAUGAACUCUUUAGCUAGGCUGGUAAAAUGGAGCUACUUGGAAGGUGAUGUUUCCAAGGGAGCUCCUUAUCCUCCUUGCACUGGGACACACAUCCGUUCGGUGUGUGUAUAUGGAGCAGGCGAUCUGAAUUGGAUGUUAAAGCAGCAUCACCUAUUUGCUAAUAAGUUUGACUCAUCUGUUGAUGGCAUAGCAGUUCAGUGCUUAGAAGAGCAUCUGAGGCGCAAAGCUCUCAAGCGCUUUCUAACGUAUACAUAAUUCCAUGUACAUCUCUUUUGUACAAAUCUCUUAAAGAUCAAUUUGCCAUGUUGGUACUGUUGCAUGACUCAAGGUGUUGCUGGACCUGCUGCAAGAUUUGACUGUUUCCUUUAGUAGAAAAUGCAUAUAAGAUUUGAAAAUUCAUUCACAUUGUGUUGUCAACAGAAUGCAUGUGUUUCUUGACAAAUUGUGGCUAGCUAAAUAGUUAAAGGAUAAAACCUUGGGAUGAGUUUGUUCUUAUUUCGGCAAGACAGCAUGCCAGUUAUAUGCAAAUUGUCAUUACUGAUAUUUCAUUAUAAGGUAUCUUAAGGACAUCUAAGCUGUUCCGAUUUUCUUAAUUUAUAAAACUGCCCUUAUGUAAUCCUCUGUGCAGUGUAGCAGUGCAUUGAAUCAUGGCAAUGAGAUUUGAAUAUUUUUUCUGAUAUUACUUAACUAUAUCGUCCCCAUUAUUGAGGCGAUGUGUUCCUCUGUAACAAAAUACUCAUUCCUCUAGUCUGCCAACAAACAUGAUCUCCAUAAAACUGACCCCAACAGCUGGUGGCUUGAUUUGAUGUCACUCGCAGAUAUUGCAGGGCUAAUGCUCUGUUAACUAUGGGAAUACAGUAGUUUAAACCAUCAGGUCCGAUUGUAAAACGGGAAAUACUUGUGCAGGGAAAUCUUGUUAGCAGACAUGCUGAAUGUUCUGAGAGGCCAUCAAGGGAUGCUUCCUAACAGUGAUGUCUUAAUAAAUUGGCACUUGCUAAGAACUUAUGUUAUUUUACAGCACCAAGUAAGAAGUGUUGCAACAUUAGAAUGACUUGUAUUGAAACUAAAUGAUUUGUGAGAAGAGUAUGGAGGGAGGGAAGAAAUGAAACGAAGUUAACACUUUUAACUGCUGUGCUGCUCCAGCAAAAGUCUGUUUCUAGUUAUACUUUACAAAUAACUUGAUUUACAUAACAAGAUUAAAGAGAAAACUACCAAGUACCAACAAACUUCAAUCCUGAGCAUUGAUAAGCAUAACCUGUGGGAAAUGAACAAGAUACCAAACAAAAUGUCAUUUUUUUUAUUUAAAAAAAGCUUUACGUUUGCGGUGGCUAUUAGUGAAGGGUGCAGUAGCGUGUGGCUGUGUGCUGGAUUGGAUAGUCUGUGUGUUUCUCGAAUGAUUUCCUCCCCAAGUUUCUGAUUUGAGUCGGCCUACGUGGAGUGGGACUGAACAAAUGUAAGAUGAUUCCAUCUGUGGGACGGUAGUGAGUUACGCACAUUCUGUGAUUGACUUACCAGCACUAUCAGAGCAGAGGACUGGUGACAGCUCAUUUGCUCUCCAUUUCUCAGCCUAAGACCUGGUUAAGAACCAAAGAAAAGGGAGUGGAUUUUUGUUUUUUAAAGAAAAGUGAAAUGUGUGUUCAAAAGUUUAUUUUAUCUUUCUAUAUAUAUAUAUAUUAAUCAUGAACUGCUUAUUUUUGAAUUUUCUGACAACAUGGCUAUGUUUUCAAUUUAAAGACUCAGUACAGUAAUGUACUUUCACAUUGUGAUCGCUUUAAGAUGGACAGCUUGACCAACCUUGAUUCAUCAAUGAUAUGUUCUCCUCAAUCCAGUACUGUACAUGGUUGUCUGACCUACAGCUCCAACUUUGCCUCUGGGGAAACAAAAUGAUUCUUUGCUAGUAUUGGGCUUCAUUUGAAUAUCCCUUUAUUUAGCAAUAUGAAUAUCCCAAUUACAGUAUGUGGAUGAUGAUUGACUGCAAAGCCUUCAUUACUCUUUUGAAUGCAUCCUCAUUUUUAUAAAUAAUUAUUAGGUUUGUUCCAUAUUGAGCCAAAUCCAUUUCCUGAGUCCCUUUUUAUAAAAAAUGAGAAUGCAUACAAAAGAGUAAUGAAAGCUUUGCAGUAAAGGAAUUGUUGCAGUUCUCAAGGCAAAGAACUAUUAGAUACAAUAAGAUUCAGAUGUGAAUUUAAACUGGUAAUGUUUGUUUUCUGUUGACACGAUACAUUCACAUCGCAUUUCAAAUUAAAUAUUGAA